UUCCUGUGAGUGGUAGGGGGCUGGAAGUGUAGAACCAACUCCAAUUGCGCACGUCACCUGCCCUGCAGUGUCCGAUUCUCACGUGAUCUCCCACUCAUCGCAUAGCAGAGUCCAGGCGCCAAAGGCAGCGUCAACAUGAACCAGUGCACCAUGACACUGGCGCUACCUGUAACACCCAUGGUGAUAUGAAGAAGACUCCGAUGGACGCUCAGUGACAGCGAACACCCACAAUGGCGCAGCAUCUGCCCGACACACCUGCUGCCCAACUCACAGGCUCAACCGGCCCCAUACACGCUGUGUCAUACUCCUCCUCCCCUGGCACGUACAUUCUCACAGGCUCGGCGGACCGCUCUGUCCGUCUAUACAAUCCCUUCCCGUCCACCACCGCGCCCGCUAUCCGCUCCUCCUCCAUCACAUCCAAGCAAGCCCUGUCGAUACCGCAGGGACGGCUCGUGCAGACAUACAAUGCACAUGGCUACGAGGUUCUCAGCCUAGCCGUGGCCAGCGACAACCACCGCUUCGCCUCGUCGGGGGGCGACCGGGCGGUGUUCCUAUGGGACGUCAGCACGGCCACGACCAUUCGCCGGUUCGCAGGCCACGGGGGCCGUAUCAACGCCGUGAAAUUCGCCGGCGACGGGGAGAGCCUCGUGGUCUCGGGGGGCUUCGACACGAGCGUGCGGCUGUGGGACUGCAAGUCGAGUAACCUGAAGCCGAUACAAUGCCUCGAGGACGCCAAGGACGCCAUUACGACGCUCGCGGUGUUCGACAAGCAGGUCAUCGCGGGCAGCGUCGAUGGUCGCGUACGGAGCUACGAUGUGCGCAUGGGCAAGUGCACGACCGACGUCAUUGGCGCGAGCGUCACGAGUCUGGACACGACGCGGGAUGGGAGGACGGUUGUCGUGGGCAGCCUGGACUCCAAGAUUCGCCUCAUGGACCGUGAUACGGGCAAGUGUCUACGCGCGUAUGCCGAUUCUGGGUUCAAGAAUACCGAGUAUCGGGUGCAGAGUAUACUGGGCGGGAAAGAAAAGUACAUUCUCGCCGGCGACGAGGACCCCGAGCAGCCUGAGACGGGCCGGCUGUGGGCGUGGGAUCUCCUCAGUGGGAAUCUGAUCAAGAAAAUCAAUGUUCCGUGGGGCCCCGAGGAGGGGAAGAAGCGAGUCGUAGGUAGGGAUGGCAAGGAAAAAGUCAGGAGGAACGUUGUCAGCUGUCUCGCGUGGAGGGAGGGUGGCUGGGGCGAUCAGUAUUGUGUAGGAGGGACAUCUGGCAUAGUCACUGUAUUCGGAGCUCUUUGACGCGUGGGCCGC